GUCACUAUCCGAAGCGCCACCUAUCUUUUCAAGUUGACGCGAUGUUGAAAACUUGAAGUUUGACACUUGCUAUAUGUUCAUUCUUGUCAAUUUUAUAAACAACAACACAGCAUAUUUCAAACAGAAACAAACAAAUGAUUUAUCGAUCAUGAUGAAUUCUCAUGAUACAUUUUGUUGGAAAUGUGCAAAGAAAAACAGCACACAAAAUUGCGCGAUUUGCAAAAAGUCUUUUCACAAAAAGUAUUCAAACUUUGCAAAUGAUUUAUGUGACGAGUGUAGCCGGAACGAAAACCCGUAUAGUCAGGAACAUCCUGAACUCAUCCCAUCAGUAAUACAUUUCCUGCUCAGUCAUGAAGAGAUCGCACCAUUGAAGAACAUCGUCUUCAAAAAUAGCAACGAUACCGUGAAAUACAUCGGUUUGAAUGAAAUCGAAAAGAAAAACUACGAUAGUUUUCUGCAGCUCAAAAAUGACGUCGAAUGGUUCGCGCACCAUUUGAAGACAAAACAUUUUACGCCUAAGAUGAAUAAAGGUGAAUCUGCACGAGCUGCCGACAUGAUCGUAGGAUACUUGAAUCAAGAGAUCAGUAACUUAUUGAUGUGCCCAGAAUGCUACGAAAAUUGUUAUCGAAAUCCGGAUGACUCCAUAACAAUACCGUGCACAAAAUAUCGACAUCUUGUGAUUUGGGCCGAUAUUAAAGAAUACGGAUGCUGGCCAGCGAAAGUGAUGUCGAUCAACAAACCGAACAUGGUUGAUGUUCGUUUCUUUGGAGACGGAACAAGAGCCUGUCUCCCCUCACGUAAUUGUCAUUUGUUUUCAAAGGAAAUUCCUUCAAACAAAAAUCGGCCCAUUGGAAAAGAUUCGAUAGCUCUUUUUUCACUUGCUCUAAAGGUAAACCUAUGUGGUUCCGUAUGAAUUUUCACUUUUUAAUGCGUUUUUUGGAUCCUUCAGGAAGUUGAAACGUUUAUCGAAAACAUGAAGGGAACCUUUGGAAAUUUCAAAUAUGCACCGGCACGCACAGUCAUCAAGCCUGAAAAUUACACAGAUCAAUGGAAAUAUCAGAUCGCAGCAGACACGUCGAAUCAAAUCGAAAAUUCAGAUGUUGAUUGUGAAUCGGUGGAAACGGUCCCAUUGAACCAAAUAGUUGAUAAUGAAGUGGAAGUAUCGAUCAAAGCAAAUGAAGCAUCUAAAGUAGCAGACCAAUUGGCCAAAUUGAAUGAUAC